AUGACUGUGGCGGGCAACCAUGAGAUUGAGCGCGACUCAUCCGGCAAGGCAUUCCAGUCCUGGAGCGCGCGAUACCCCAACCCACAUCAGCAGUCCAACUCAAGCAGCAACCAGUACUACUCAUUCGACUACGCUGGCGACUACAACACAUACAACAGCCACUACAAGGAGGUGGAGUGCUUCCAGCAGCAGAUUGAGGACGUGCUGCACAAGUAUGGAGUCAACUUCGCAUUCUUCGGCCACGUGCAUGCCUAUGAGCGCACCAAUCCCCUCCUCAGGUACAUGAAUGACCCCUGUGGUACCGUCCACAUCACCAUUGGAGACGGCGGCAACAUCGAGGGGAUGGAGCCGAGUUUUGGGCACGGUAUCCUGGAGCUCAAGUCGCCCUACGAGGCAACAUUCCAGUGGUUCCGCAACCAGGACAAUCUGCCGGUGGUGGCAGACAAUGUCACUGUUGUGCGCGAUCUCAGGUGCCCCAAUCAGGGCGCGCCAGUCAAGCAGCCCGGCGUCUGA